CUUAUGGCGGCGCUGGAGAGGGGGCGCUGAGCUGUUGGGUAUGAAGUGUAACAGAACAGACUUUACCACCUGAAACUGCUGCUUCAAGUUCAGAUCAGGCCAGGAACACGCCUCGUUUGUAACCACCACCAAGACCAAAGAAGAGUAAACUUAAGCUGAAGACACAACACUUGAUCUGAAACAAGAAGUUUGUGCCUACUCAACAGCUUCACAAGAGCACUUCCCAACGCUGCUAGUAGUCUUUGUUUUCUUCAGUGCUGUACUGUGAGAUUGAUUGCCCGCUGCAGCAGCAGUCAGAUCUCUAUUAGCUUGGUAGAUCAUUUCCUCUCGCUCUCUCUCUUUUUUAAAAAAAAAAAUAUACUAGAAAUUUUCAUCCUUUGAAACGUGUGCUGAAAAAGAAGAAUCAGCAAAUACUACUGAAAGUGCAAUAUUUGAUUAUCACUGCGAGAUGAGCUUUGAUCCAAACCUUCUCCACAACAAUGGACACAACGGGUACCCCAAUGGUACUUCGGCAGCACUGCGUGAAACUGGGGUUAUUGAAAAACUGCUGACCUCUUAUGGAUUUAUUCAGUGUUCAGAACGUCAAGCUAGACUUUUCUUCCACUGUUCACAAUACAAUGGCAACCUGCAGGAGCUAAAAGUAGGAGAUGAUGUUGAAUUUGAAGUAUCAUCUGACCGGCGGACUGGAAAACCUAUUGCUGUUAAACUGGUGAAGAUAAAACCAGAAAUCCUACCCGAAGAACGAAUUAAUGGACAAGUUGUGUGCGCUGUUCCUCACAACUUAGAGAGUAAAUCUCCAGCUGCCCCGGGUCAGAGUCCAACAGGGAGUGUAUGCUACGAACGUAAUGGGGAAGUGUUUUAUCUGACCUAUACCCCUGAAGACGUGGAAGGGAAUGCUCAGCUGGAAACCGGAGAUAAGAUAAAUUUUAUAAUUGACACAAAUAAACAUACUGGUGCUGUAAGUGCUCGUAAUAUUAUGCUGUUGAAAAAGAAGCAAGCUCGCUGUCAGGGAGUAGUUUGUGCCAUGAAGGAAGCAUUUGGCUUUAUUGAAAGGGGUGAUGUUGUAAAGGAGAUAUUCUUUCACUAUAGUGAAUUUAAAGGUGACCUAGAAGCCUUACAGCCUGGAGAUGACGUGGAAUUCACAAUCAAAGACAGAAAUGGUAAAGAAGUUGCAACAGAUGUCAGACUACUGCCUCAAGGAACAGUCAUUUUUGAAGAUAUCAGCAUUGAACAUUUUGAUGGAACUGUAACCAAAGUUAUUCCAAAAGUACCUAAUAAAAACCAGAAUGAUCCAUUGCCUGGACGCAUCAAAGUAGAUUUUGUGAUUCCUAAAGAACUUCCCUUUGGAGACAAAGAUACAAAAUCCAAGGUGACUCUACUGGAAGGUGACCAUGUUAGGUUUAAUAUUUCAACAGACCGACGUGACAAAUUAGAACGAGCAACCAACAUAGAAGUUCUCACCAAUACGUUUCAAUGCACUAAUGAAACCAGAGAAAUGGGUGUGAUUGCUGCCAUGAGAGAUGGUUUUGGGUUUAUCAAGUGUGUGGAUCGUGAUGCCUGUAUGUUCUUUCACUUCAGUGAAAUUCUGGAUGGGAACCAGCUCCAUAUUUCAGAUGAAGUAGAGUUUACUGUGGUUCCUGAUAUGCUGUCUGCCCAAAGAAAUCAUGCUAUUCGGAUUAAAAAGCUUCCCAAGGGCACGGUUUCAUUCCACACUCAUUCAGAUCACCGUUUUAUUGGCACUGUAGAGAAAGAAGCCACUUUUGCCAAUCCCAAAACCACUAGCCCAAAUAAAGGCAAAGAAAAGGAGGCUGAAGAUGGAAUUAUUGUGUAUGAUGACUGUGGGGUGAAACUGACCAUUGCAUAUCAAGCCAAGGACCUGGAAGGCUCCACUCCUCCUCAGAUAGGAGAUAAGGUUGAAUUUAGUGUAAGUGAAGCAAAGAGGACUGGUCAGCAGACAGCAACUUGUGUCCGACUUUUAGGUCGUAACUCCAAUGCCAAGAGGCUCUUGGGUUAUGUGGCAACCCUGAAGGAUAAUUUUGGAUUUAUUGAAACAGCCAAUCAUGAUAAGGAAAUCUUUUUCCAUUACAGUGAGUUCUCUGGUGAUGUCGAUAGCCUGGAACUGGGGGACAUGGUCGAAUACAGCUUGUCAAAAAGCAAAGGCAAUAAAGUCAGUGCGGAAAAGGUGAACAAAACACACUCAGUUAAUGGUACGGCUGAGGAAGCUGAUCCAACCAUCUACUCGGGUAAAGUCAUCCGCCCCCUGAGGAGUGUGGAUCCAACCCAGACUGAAUACCAAGGCAUGAUUGAAAUCGUGGAGGAGGGGGACAUGAAAGGUGAGGUCUAUCCGUUUGGCAUUGUCGGGAUGGCUAACAAAGGGGAUUGCCUUCAAAAGGGGGAAAGUGUCAAAUUCCAGUUGUGUGUCCUGGGUCAGAAUGCACAAACAAUGGCCUACAACAUCACACCCCUGCGCCGGGCCACCGUGGAGUGUGUGAAGGAUCAGUUUGGCUUCAUUAACUAUGAAGUGGGAGACAGCAAGAAACUCUUUUUCCAUGUGAAGGAAGUUCAGGAUGGCAUUGAGCUACAGGCUGGAGAUGAGGUAGAAUUCUCAGUGAUUCUCAAUCAGCGUACUGGCAAAUGCAGUGCCUGCAAUGUCUGGCGUGUCUGUGAAGGCCCCAAGGCUGUUGCAGCCCCACGUCCUGACCGAUUGGUCAAUCGCUUGAAGAGCAUCACUCUAGACGAUGCCAGUGCUCCUCGCCUAAUGGUUCUUCGUCAGCCAAGGGGACCAGAUAACUCAAUGGGAUUUGGUGCAGAAAGAAAGAUCCGUCAAGCUGGUGUCAUUGACUAACCCCAUCUACAAAGCACAUCACUUAAUCAGAUAUGAUCAAGUGGGGGGGUUCUGGUGAAGGGUUCUGAAUAUCUCCCUCUUCAUCCCUCCCAAAAUCUGGAAUACUUAUUCUAUGGAGCUAUUACACCAGUUUUAACACCUUCCUCAUGUUAUGUUUAAAAAAAAUAAAUAAAUUUAAGAAAACCAUUUUAAAAUUAUGCACAGUUGCAGCCUGGAGAACUUAAGGUGGCGCCUUAUAGUAUCAAUUUUAGAAUCUUUAUUUGGUGCAUUUAACGCAACUGGUAAUUGCAAAACUACUUCGCCUGUGUAAGUGAAAAAUAUAGACAGUUAUCUGGUCGACCUUAUGAAAUUCUGCACUUGAUAUUUAGUGUAUACUCUACCUUCAUUACGUCUGGCAAGGUGUUCUGCCUUAGCUCUCAGUUGCUUUCUUUUCCUGUUAUUUCCUGUUCAUUAUGCUUUAAUUCUGAGGACCAUAUGAGGGUAGACUAUAUUACCUUUUUAAAAAAAUUAAAAAUUUGUGUAAGCAUUCAAACCAUUUCCUUAAGUUGAUGGCCAAAUGUUAAAAUGUUAUUUUUCAUAUCUCAUUUAUAAUCUUGUCACAGUCCACUUAGCGAAGUUGUUAGAUUUCAGUGAGAAGUAUCUUCCAGAGUAUAUCUAAGGGUUUUUUUUUUUUAUAACUUUACUAUGAUUAGUAUGUAUGGUGCAGAAUUUCAUUCGGAUGAGGUGUGCCAUCAGUGUGGUAAUUUAAACAUAUUUAAAAACAAAAGGAUGAUGCACAAACUUGCUGCUUAGGACACUGCAGCUUCUAGACCCCAGUUUCUUUUACUGAUUUAAAAACAAAAACAAAAAAAAAAUAAAAAAAAAGUUUUGCCUGAAAAAAAAAA